AUGGCUUUGCAAUUUGUUGGAGGAAUUGUUUUGGGUCCAUUAGCACAGGAAUUACUGAAUUUGAUUAAGGAUACCACUGUUAAAGUCUUCCAUUUCAGAAAAUAUCUUAAGAAGCUCCAAUCCACACUCGAAAGCCUCAUUCCUCUGAUCGAAGAAGUAGAUCGUUUAAAUGAAGAGAUCAAAGAUCGACCAAGAGGGCUUAUUCAGAAAAUGAAAGCAGAAUUGGAGAAAGGGAAAGAUCUUAUGAGUAAGUGUUCUAAUGUCUCAAUAUGGAACUGCUUCAGCAAGCGGUCGUAUUCGAAGAAAAUCCUCAAAUUAGAACAGGAUUUGCUUGAGAUCUUUCAGAUGCCAGUUCCUGCGGAUACCUGGGUCAUCGCUCAAACGAUCCUGGCUGAGGGGAGAGCAAGAGAAUCGAAAAUGAUGAGUUUGGCGGGCUCGGGAUCGGAGUUUUCAUGUGCUGCUCCUGUUCCUGAAAUUACUUUUGGAUUGGAUUUGCCUCUGAUGGAAUUGAAGAAAAUGUUGUUGUUUAGAGAAGAUGUGAGAGUUCUUGGGGUGUGUGCCCCUGGUGGUUCUGGGAAGACUACGUUAGCUGCCAAGCUUUGCCGAGAUCAAGAUGUGAAAGAUACUUUUAAGAACAUAUUCUUUCUUAAUGUUUCAAGCUCACCUAACUUGAAGGAGAUAGUGAAGAGAUUGUUUCAACAGAUGAAGAAUCAAGGACCAACAUUUCUAGAUGAUGAUGAUGCAGUCAGGCAGCUGCGAAUCCUUCUAGAGAGAGAACCAAAUACCACAUUAUUGGUUCUAGAUGAUGUUUGGGAUGACUUGGUAGUUCAAAAGUUUGACGUCGUGGUAAAAGGAUACAAGAUCCUGGUUACGUCAAGAACUCAAUUUUCAUCAUUUAAUUGUACAUAUCCUUUGAGAGUGCUGAGUGAACCAGAUGCCAUGGCACUCUUUCGCCUCUCGGCAUUCCCUCAAAAUGGGAAUGGGAAUUGGAAUUAUAAAGAGCCUGACAGACAUCUUUUAGAUAAGAUAGUGAGUAGUUGCAAGGGACACCCACUGGCUCUUAAGGUGAUUGGCCGCUCAUUACAUCAGAAGCCUGCCAAAUUUUGGCAAAACACUGAGAGGAUGUUGUCAAGUUGUUCCAUUAUUGAGUCCCACAGUGAUUUGCUGGAUUGUCUUGGAUCCAGCCUAGAUUUCUUGAACAAGAAUGUUCAAGAAUGUUUUAUGGACUUGGGUGCCUUUCCCGAAGACCAAAGUAUCCCUGCUUCAUCUCUCAUAGAUAUGUGGGCUGAGCUCUAUGGAAUAGAUGAAGUUGCUGCUUAUCUCAACCUCCAUGAACUUUCCACUCGCACUCUUGUUAAUAUGUUUGAAAUCACAAGGGGAGAAGCAGGGGAGAUUGAUGGUAACAUGAAUAAGCUAUUUGUUACCCAGCAUGAUCUUCUCAGAGAUUUAGCUAUCUACCGAAGCCGGCGGCAGGGUACAAGAUUAAUCAUGGAAAGAAGAGAAGACAGCCUUCCCAAGAGUUGGAGUGAACAAGAGUACAAAGCACGCCUCGUCUCUAUCCACACAGGUGAAAAUUUCUUGUCUAACUGGUGCAACAUGCAUCUUCCUGAAGCUGAGGUUUUAAUCCUGGAUUUCAUUGCGACCAAGUAUACUUUACCACCAUUCAUGGACAAAAUGGAGAAGCUGAAGGUUCUAAUUAUCGUAAAUCAUGGGCAUCAUUAUACCCAAUUGAAUUGUUUGACAACACCUGGCUAUUUCUCCCAUUUAAAGAGAGUGAGGUUGGAAAAGGUUAUGGUCCCUUCCCUCAGUGAAAUUGCAAUGCCAUUGAAAAACUUGCAGAAGAUAUCAUUUUUCAUGUGUGAGGUUGCCCAAGCCUUGAGUAGCUGCACCUUCAAUUUCCCCUUUAUGUUGCCAAAUCUUGUUGAGAUUAACAUUGACUAUUGCAAUGAUCUUGUGGAAUUGCCUCAAGGAAUCUGUGAUCUUACCCACCUAACGAUCCUUAGCAUUACCAAUUGUCAUAAAUUAUCUGCACUACCAGAGAGAAUUGGAUGUAUCAGAGACUUAGAGGUGCUAAGGCUGAAUGCAUGUACAGAAUUGUCUAAGUUACCCGACUCACUAAGAAAACUCCCGAAGGUAAGGAUUCUUGAUAUAUCUGACUGCAUGGACAUGGAGCUGCCAGAAUGGAUUCGUGAGUUACGCAGUCUAAAAAAGCUCAACAUGAAAGGAUGUUCAGAACCGAGACAAUUUCCGGGUUCAGCCAUGAACCUAGUGCAUCUAGGGAAUGUGAUCUGUGACGAAGGUACUAAAGACAUCAACUUACAUUGGCUUGGCUGUACAAAAUCUUUGAGAAUCUCUCAAACUGUCUAG